CCCCUCCCAAAACCCUCGCCAGUCGCCACCCCAUUUCCUCGCUCCCUCUCUCUCUAGAACCUUCAUUUUUCUCUCUCUAGAUAUGGCGGGUUCAGGAGUGGUGGCGGUGUACGGAAACGGCGCUAUCGCCGAGAGUAAGCAGUCGCCUUUCUCCGUCAAAGUGGGUCUCGCCCAAAUGCUCCGCGGCGGUGUGAUUAUGGACGUCGUCAACGCCGAGCAGGCCCGGGUCGCGGAGGAGGCCGGCGCAUGCGCCGUCAUGGCCCUGGAGCGUGUUCCCGCCGACAUCCGCGCCCAAGGCGGCGUCGCCCGGAUGUCCGACCCGCAACUCAUCAAAGAAAUCAAGCAGGCCGUGACAAUCCCCGUCAUGGCUAAGGCCCGAAUCGGGCACUUCGUCGAGGCUCAAAUCCUCGAAGCCAUCGGCGUCGAUUACGUCGACGAGAGCGAGGUUCUGACCCUCGCCGACGAGGAGCACCACAUCAACAAGCACAAUUUCCGGGUGCCCUUCGUCUGCGGCUGCCGGAACCUCGGCGAGGCCCUCCGCCGUCGGGAGGGCGCGGCGAUGAUCCGGACGAAAGGCGAGGCCGGCACGGGAAACAUCAUCGAGGCGGUGCGGCACGUGCGGUCCGUGAUGGGGGACAUUAGGGUUUUGCGGAACAUGGACGAUGACGAGGUGUUCACCUUCGCAAAAAAGAUCGCGGCGCCGUACGAUCUGGUGAUGCAGACGAAGCAGCUUGGGAGGCUUCCGGUGGUGCACUUCGCCGCGGGAGGAGUGGCGACGCCGGCUGACGCGGCGCUGAUGAUGCAGCUGGGGUGCGACGGGGUGUUCGUCGGAUCGGGCGUGUUCAAGAGCGGUGACCCGGCGAAGCGGGCGAGAGCGAUUGUGCAGGCGGUGACGCACUACCGGGACCCCGAUGUGUUGGCGGAGGUGAGCUGUGGGUUGGGGGAGGCGAUGGUGGGGUUGAACUUGAAGGAUGCGAAGGUGGAGAGGUUUGCGAAUCGGUCUGAGUGAAUGGAGUUAAGGGACUGUUUGGAUGGUUUUAGUGGGUUUUCUACAUAUAAAAACUUUAAGAUUAUGUGGAUAAGGUUCGGGUUUGAGUUUGGAUCAUCGGCCCCAGUUUGAGUUUUGAGUUUGGGUCAACGGCCCAGUUCGAGUUCUGAGAAGUUUCAACAGCCGUGGUGUUACUAAUUAGAUGGAUAAUUUGAAGUUCGAGUCCUGAGAAGUUUCAAUAGCCGUGGUGUUACCAAAUAGAUGGAAAUUUCAAGUUCGAGUUCUGAGAAGUUUUAACAGCCGUGGCCCGUGGUGUUACUAAUUAGAUGGAUAAUUUCAUGUGUUGGUUUGACUGUCACAUUAAAAAAUUCCUCAAAAAUUUAGUCUCGAAAAUCAGAAUUUUAGUUACGAGAAUUCUUCACUAGUUGGUUUUGGACUUCAAGAAUUCAAUUGGAGAAGGGGAAAAGACAAACGAAUGCAAAGUAAUAAGUAAUUUAUAAAAUAUUGCGUUUGAAAUGUUUUUCUUA